AUGAUACUUCUAGUGGUGGUUGUGGGAAGGGAUAAUUUUUGUGUCCAAGAAUGUUGCUCUAUGGUGAUUCCUUCAUCCUGUGGUAUCUUGCGACUGCAAAUGGUAGCAACGGCUGCGACUUGGAAAAUAUUUCCGUCAGUUUGUAACUUCAACGCAAGAGCAAAGCCGCAAAACCCAAAAGCAAAGUCGCAAAAUCCAGCUCUGCAUUUGGCCUCAAUUUUGAAGAAAGUAGCAUCCUUUAAACGCAGCCAAGCAGCGAGACCAAAUCACAGGAGCACCCACAAGUCACAAGUCAAUUGGCAAGUAAGAAAGAUACAGAAAAGCCCAAUUUUGUCUACAAAGGAAAUGGUUCAAAUAUUAGAGUGGGAGGACACCCACAAAGCUCUAGAAAUAUUCAAGUGGGCCCAGGGACAUGGACCUUACAAACAUGAUCUUUAUACCUACAGAGUCAUGAUUCAGAAACUGCUUUCUGUAAAGAGGUAUGAAGAAGCAGAAAACAUGCUCAAUGAGAUGAUGGCAAAGGAUUUCCGAUGCAAAGAGCCGAGAGUGUUCAAUAGCUUAAUCAGGAGCUUUAGCGAGGCAUCAAUGAUGGAAGCAACUUUCAAUGUUUAUGAUCGGAUGCAUGAUUUUUGUGAACCCAAUGUUGAUACGUUUAAUGCUCUUCUGAAUGCACUGGUGCAAAACAAUAGUUUUGAAACAGCUAUUUCGUUCUUUAAUAAAUUGGUCUGUGCCAAAGUUCCUGUCUUUGUUACGACUUUCAAUAUUGCCAUGAAUGCACUUUGCAAGGCUCACAGGGUAGAGGAUGUUGUUGAGCUCUUGAGGCAAAUGCCUGAACAGCGUUACCUGCCCGAUACAUAUACUUACAAUACGCCAAUAAGAGGAUUUUGUGACAAAGGAAAUACCGAAGAAGCAGUUGAGUUACUCGUCGAGAUGACAAGUAAGAAAAUUAAUCCCACUGUUAGAACUUUGAAUACUUUGGUUCAUGGCUUUUUUAAGGCAGGAGAUCCCAAGAGAGAUUUGGAAAUAUGCAAUGAGUUUUUGACCACAGGUUCAUUUGCCAACGUUGUUACCUACACUUUGCUGAUAUGGGGCAUGGCCAAAGAGGGAUACAUUGACCAAGCUGUAGAAAUUCUACGCCAGAUGCCAGACAGGGGUUGCUCUCCAAAUGUGUUCUCGUAUUGCUCUCUCAUGGCCGGUUCCUGCAAAUAUGGAAAGUUUUCUUAUGUUCAGAAUAUUUUCGAUGAAAGGAUGCAAACAUUCAGUUUCCUGGGGGUGGUCCCCUUCAAUAUAUUGAUGAAUAGCCUUUGUAAGGAAGGGAAGUUGGAAGAAGCAUCUAGGGUUUUGGAUAGAAUGAAUGACAAGGGAGUUCAUCCUAAUGCUAUUACUUAUACAACAUUAAUUAGUGGAUACUGCAAAUCAGGGAGGCAAUAUGGACGAGUUAUCGUUACCUGGGAGCUGAGGUUGCAGAGCAGGCCGCAGAAGGACGAGGUUGCAGAGGAGGCCACCGACAAAGUGGUGGUUGUGGGAAGGGAUAAUUUUUGUGUCCAAGAAUGUUGCUCUAUGGUGAUUCCUUCAUCCUGUGGUAUCUUGCGACUGCAAAUGGUAGCAACGGUUGCGACUUGGAAAAUAUUUCCGUCAGUUUGUAACUUCAACGCAAAAGCAAAGCCGCAAAACCCAAAAGCAAAGUCGCAAAACCCAGCUCUGCAUUUGGCCUCAAUUCUGAAGAAAGCAGCAUCCUUUAAACGCAGCCAAGCAGCGAGACCAAAUCACAGGAGCACCCACAAGUCACAAGUCAAUUGGCAAGUAGGAAAGAUAGAGAAAAGCCCAAUUUUGUCUACAAAGGAAAUGGUUCAAAUAUUAGAGCGGGAGGACACCCACAAAGCUCUAGAAAUAUUCAAGUGGGCCUAG